AUGGCAGAGACGUGCGAACACAAGCCAACUAUCGGCUGCGCUUUGACCGCGGUGCCUGGCUGCUGCGCCUGCGCGGACAAGAGACCGCUGGCAACUGCCUACCCUCUCUACAUUGACGGCCAAGGCAUGAGACUUCAAGGCAGGCGCUGGCAACGCUACUGCUGGAAGUGUCGCGAUUAUUGGAAUUUACACUCACAGUCUACGACGUCUGCGUCUCUCCUUUCCAACCCUCCAACUCCUUAUGCUGCAGUCCCGUCGGAUCAGACCGCGCUUCCAUCCACAGACAACAUGGACCAUGCGCACACCAACCCAUCCCCACUAUCCGACUGGCACCAGCAAUCCUGGUCGUUUGACGGAAUCAAUGAAUUACAGCACCCUGCUGGUAGUGAAUCAAUUCCACUUUCCCCGCGUCAUCCCUACAUCCCUCGUGGUACUGGGCAUUCCAGCCACGCCGGAACAUCAGAUGGGUACCCGAGAAGCGACCCUCUACACCAGAGGUUUCAAGAGAGCCAACAGGCUCAACAGGCCCGACUGGCCCGACGAGCCCAACUAAGAGAGGGUGGACCGCCUCCCGGUUCUCAAAGAAUCACAGCACGGCAAUCAGGUCCAAACGGUGAUUCGAACCCCUCAGCCUCAAGAAGGAGGGAACGAGCCUUUACCAACCCAUUCGGCACCCGAGAGGAAAUUGAGUCUGAAAAUUAUCAGAGCCCCAUCACGGCAAUGUUUGGUCGAGCCUGGAAUCGCUAUAGACAAGCUGAAGAGGAGAGAUCAUCCAUGGAAGCCGGAGCCACAAACGUGGGCGAUACGCCGAGAGAGGCCACUGCCAGUGUUCUGGGCACCGGACCAUCCCAGAAUGCGGAUAUCCAACGACAAGUGGAUGCCAUGAUACAUCGUAGGCGGUGGCGGGAGGAACAACAGUUGAUAGAAACCUUGAGGGACGCAUUACAACUACGAGAAACUCUUCGGCGCGAGAGAGAUAAUCCACAUACACACCCACAGAUCAAUCCUAUCGACUCUCAACCGCUACGGCCACGGCCGCUCGACCCGGAAGAGAUGGCCGUUAACGGCGCGUGCAGAAUAUGUUGUGAGCAGAAGAUCGAUACACUGUUGGAGCCUUGCAUGCAUGUUGCUAUCUGUCACUGGUGCUCGGAUUUGUUACUCGAGCAAGUUCGGCGGCAUCGUUCCAUACUCCAACGCCUAGACGGGGAUGAGUCAAGGUGGAAAUGUCCGAUUUGCCGUCGUGCCGUCGUGCGGGCACGAAGAGUGUAUCUGGUUUAG